GGUCAUAUAGCGGCGGCCGGUGCACAACCAGCCAGUCCCAGACUAGCAGCAGCAGCAGCAGCAGCUCAGCCCGGCUGACACUACUCCCUCUCUCCUCAUGGCGCCCACAGCCACAGCCAGUGUCAUUGUCGGCAAUGGCCGCAGUCUGCGCUACGACACCAACUCCGGCAUCCUACAGAUAGUGGGAAACGGCAACAAAAUCCGCGUGCGCAGCAACUCUGGCUGCAUCCAGAUCACGGGCAACGACAGUCGCGUGCUGGUGGAGCAGAACGGCGGCAGCGUCUGCUACACGGGCAACGGCGGCAAGGUGCGAGUCGUCGCCACGGUGGGCGGGGGCUGCGUCACCUACACGGGGAGCGGAGGCCGCGUCAAGGCUCCCGCCGCCGUCGCCGCCCCCGCCGCCGCCGCCCCAGCCGCCUCCACCCCCACCGCCCCCAGAGCACCCGUCUCGCCGCCUGGUGCCGCCGCCCCCACCGUCACCACCACGCGGCGUUUCAAAUCGCGCAGCAUGACGCCGAAGGAGCAGGCCACGUUCGCCAGUGCGUUCCACAUCCACGACCAGUGCCUGCAGUUCGUAGUAGGCGGCCUCGUGUUCGUCUCCUAAGAGGCUCAACUCGGCUUCCCCAGAAGACGUGGCCGCAACCAAAUCGGCACUCCACAACUCUCACUGGACCUCGCCUGUCUCCACGUUCCUUCAACUGAAGCACGAGAGGCUCAUUCAUCCCUUUCUGCAAACUAGAACAUCCAUUUCGCUCAAAUGAUACUCGACGUAUGUGGACAGGUUUCAAACAACCAAUAUUUUUCCAACAGGAAAAGGCUGUUACCCUUCCAGUGGUACACCAGGUAUCUCCAAUUACAAAUCUACCUCACGCACUAUAAUCACUCCUCUGAGAUGCCACCUGCUGGUCCAGAGUGGUACAGUCUGCAUACCUUCCCACAGAAACACUCCAGUGCCAUUCAUAAGUACCAUUCUCUCAUCCCAAACUACACGAUCCCAUUGAUCCAAAUUUACCUCAUCUACUCAUCCCAAAUACCCAGCUGCUGGUUCAGUGUGGGUUAACUUACAGUGAAAGUCAGAAGAAUAAAUACUGCUUCAGUGUCCAUCAGUCUACACUGGAAGACAGAAGUUUGCCUUCUGUGUGCAUUGGGAAUACCUUCGUCACCGUUAUGCCUAGGGUGGUGGAAACUCACCUCAGAAGAAGACUGCACAAGUUAAAGACAAUCUAAUCAAUCGAAUUCUGCAUGAACACGAAUCUCCUGCAUAAUUUUGUUCUCAUGUUUAAAUCAUCUCAGCCAUUAUUCAAGGAGAAGUUCCACCAUCACAAAGGGCCCAUCAGUGCAUUUAAUGCUCUGUAUCCAUAUCGGGGUGCUCCUUCAAUCAGUCGCUCUGCUUCAUCAAUUGUCAUAGUAGAAGUAAGUGUCUUAAAACGAAAGGACUGCAAUGGUUCUUCUUUCAGUGUUUUAAAUGGACGUGUUCCUAAAGACAUAAUUGUGGGACUGUAUCUUUUGAUUUACUACAGAGGAACAGUAAUGAAGUUUGCAGGUGGCGCUAACACCUGUGAUUCUGUUAAGUACUUAUGCUGAAAUAUGUAACUAUGGACUGCUAUGUUGCUGUGCCUCGAAGAAAUGGACAUGCCAGAGUUUUCAUAAAUGAAUCGUGUAGAAGUUCUAAAUCAACUAGUUGUUGAUUUCUUACAUCCAUGUAUGAGUGCAUUGUCGAUAAGUUUUGUUCUACGAAGCUGUGACACCAAAGACGAGAAAACCUGUGAUACAGAUUUAUGUAAGUGUGCAAUCAGUAUUAUGGUUCCUUUUGGUUAUUGUUCCUCCAUGCUGGUCUUGCCAUUUUUGUGUCCGCAGAGGCCCGUAUUAUUCGUAUAUCAUAAUGGUCAGGAAC